AUGCGGCUGACCGUGCAGAAUCUCGCCGUCCACAUCGGAUUCAUCCUAUCAUGCGUCUUCAAUAUUUUUCUCAUCUACAUGAUCCGCAAAAAGACGAGCAAACAAUUAGGCACCUAUAAAUAUCUGAUGUUAUCAUUUUCAAUGUUUGAAAUGAUGUUCUCAACAAUCGAUAUUCUAAAUCAACCGACCAUCUAUGUGAACAACGGGGUCUUCAUUCUGUUCAGCACCAAUCCCCUUCAUCUUCCACGGUCUUUCGCCACCUACUUCAACAUUCUGAACUUCUCUCUGUUCGGUAUGAUCAUUGCCCUUCUGGCUAUUCACUUCGUUUAUCGCUACUUCGCCGUCUGCAAGCCGAAAUAUCUUGUGCUCUUUGAAACACCGUAUUAUUUUAUUUUUAUCGUUAUUUUUUUGUGCUUCGGCGCCGAAUGGUUUUGGUCGACGGCACUGCUUGGAGGCGCUCGCGAUGGGAUCUGCGAUUUACAAUUGGAGGAAAUCGCUCAAAUUUACAACAUUGAUAUCAAAAAUAUUGUCUUCACUGGAAUGCGAUACACGACCGCCAAACUCGGCUACACAUCGAUUUGCUGGAACGGUGUCGUUCUGGCUUUGAUCCUUCUUCAGAUCAUUAUCAUCUCUGCCAUUACCGUGUUAUAUUGCGGAAUUCGCACCUAUUUCGAAAUGUCUGUGAAGCGUGCGAGCACCUCCCGUCGGACACUUGAUAUGCAGAGACAGCUGUUCCGAGCCCUCGUGGUCCAAACCAUCAUUCCCGUCAUCCUUCUCUAUGUACCUAUGAUGACUAUCUUCGCCGCACCCAUCUUCCACUGGAAGCUUAACUUCCUUGACGCCUUCGUUUUGAUCUUCAUCAUUCUCUAUCAAAUCCUUGACCCACUAGCCAUUCUCUAUUUGGUUCGCGAUUACCGCAGAGCCAUUAAACACAUGAUUAAUAUCUAUAUUAUCGAUUAUAUGGUUCAAGUCCUUCAGGGUCAUUCGCUUCAAAAUUCCAUUCAACCUCCAACACCAGCAAUUUUUUCAGUUCACAAUCCCGGGAAUACAAUGGGGAUUAUUUAUUGA